AUGAGGGGCCUUGCUUCGGCGGUGAAGGAUUUACGCGGCAACUCUGUUAGGUAUGAAAUAAAAACAGAGCUGGAAAAGCAAAGAGAAGGCACUGCUGCUCCACCAAAAGCAAACUUCAUUGAAGCAGAUAAGUAUUUCCUUCCGUUUGAGCUGGCCUGCCAGUCAAAGUCUCCACGCAUUGUCAGUACUUCACUGGAUUGCUUACAGAAACUCAUUGCAUAUGGGCAUAUCACUGGCAACGCUCCAGACAGCGGAGCGCCUGGAAAACGACUGAUUGACCGAAUAGUUGAAACAAUUUGCAAUUGUUUUCAGGGUCCUCAAACAGAUGAAGGAGUACAACUGCAAAUAAUUAAGGCUCUCCUUACUGCAGUAACAUCUCCGUAUAUAGAAAUUCAUGAAGGAACAAUUUUGCAGACUGUUAGAACCUGUUACAACAUCUAUCUGGCCAGUAAAAAUCUCAUUAAUCAGACGACUGCCAAAGCUACCCUUACACAGAUGCUAAAUGUCAUUUUUACACGGAUGGAAAAUCAAGCUAUACAAGAGGCCAGAGAAGUGGAAAAAACAAGUCAACAGAAAUCCCAGUCUCCUGUGAGUCAAAUGGUGACAAGGUCUCCAAAGACUGGUCAUUUAAAGCACAGCUAUCAGGAAGGCAAAGCUGCUACUCCUGUAUCCGUAGAAUUAACUAAUGGUGAGCCUGAGAGGACAGAAAACGGAGACCUGAAGUCAGAGCAAGAUCUGAUUCCUCCAGUGUCAGAGGAAACAACUGAUGGAGGAAAGGAAAUGGUUAAAGGCAUCUUGGAAGAUGUGGUCAAAUCGGCUGUGAAAGUGGCUGAACAAAAGCAUGUAAUAGAAACAGUUGAGGCUCUUCCUGCAUUAGAGACCGCAGAUACUGCUCUUUCUGGCUCUAGUAAUGAAAAUGUACAAACAAAUGGGAUUCCAGAUGACAGACAAUCUGUUUCCUCCACUGAUAAUUUGGAAACAGAUGUACCUGGAUAUCAAGCUGCUGCCAAAUUCUCCCACGUUCUUCAAAAGGAUGCCUUUCUUGUGUUCAGGUCGCUGUGCAAGCUCUCCAUGAAACCCCUUGGUGAUGGACCACCAGAUCCCAAAUCCCAUGAAUUGCGUUCUAAGAUAGUGUCUCUCCAGCUUCUUCUCUCAGUAUUGCAGAAUGCUGGUCCAGUUUUCAGGACACAUGAAAUGUUCAUCAAUGCAAUCAAGCAAUAUCUUUGUGUAGCAUUGUCUAAAAAUGGAGUCUCUUCUGUUCCUGAUGUAUUUGAGCUCUCUCUUGCCAUCUUUCUCACGCUGCUCUCAAAUUUUAAGACCCAUUUGAAAAUGCAGAUUGAGGUGUUCUUCAAAGAGAUCUUCCUGAAUAUUCUAGAGACCUCUUCAAGCUCUUUUGAACACAAAUGGAUGGUGAUUCAGACUUUAACUAGAAUUUGUGCAGAUGCCCAGUGCGUGGUGGAUAUUUAUGUUAACUAUGACUGUGAUUUAAAUGCUGCUAAUAUAUUUGAACGCCUUGUAAAUGAUUUGUCUAAAAUCGCACAGGGACGAAGCGGACACGAGUUGGGAAUGACACCUUUGCAAGAACUAAGCCUGAGGAAAAAAGGACUUGAAUGUUUGGUUUCUAUUUUAAAAUGUAUGGUAGAAUGGAGCAAAGACCUUUACGUGAACCCCAAUCAUCAGGCUACCUUAGGUUCGUAUAAACCAGCUGAACAGGAAAUAAGUGAAGGUAAAUGCCUUGAGAGUGGAGGAAGACGAAGUAGCGUAAGUUCCUUGGAUUCCACUGUGUCGUCAGGAGUUGGAAGUGUUGGUACCCAGACUGCUGUCCCAGAUGACCCUGAGCAGUUUGAAGUCAUCAAGCAACAAAAAGAAAUAAUUGAACAUGGGAUAGAGCUGUUUAAUAAAAAACCAAAAAGAGGAAUACAGUAUCUACAGGAACAGGGAAUGCUUGGCGCUACGGCAGAGGACAUUGCACAAUUUCUGCAUCAGGAAGAACGCCUCUGUUCUACUCAAGUAGGGGAAUUUCUUGGGGAAAGCAACAAGUUUAACAAGGAAGUGAUGUAUGCCUAUGUAGACCAACUUGAUUUCUGUGGGAAAGACUUUGUCUCUGCUCUACGUAUAUUUCUGGAAGGUUUCCGGUUGCCAGGUGAAGCCCAGAAGAUUGAUAGAUUAAUGGAGAAGUUUGCUGCUAGAUAUAUUGAAUGCAAUCAACGGCAAACUCUAUUUGCUAGUGCUGACACUGCCUACGUUCUGGCAUACUCUAUUAUAAUGCUGACUACAGACUUGCACAGUCCACAGGUAAAGAAUAAAAUGACAAAGGAGCAAUACAUUAAAAUGAAUCGAGGAAUUAAUGACAGUAAAGACCUGCCAGUGGAGUAUUUAUCCACCAUCUAUGAAGAAAUAGAAGGAAAGAAAAUUGCAAUGAAAGAGACAAAAGAAUAUGCAAUUGCAACCAAGUGUAGUAAGCCAAAUGUAGCUAACGAGAAGCAGCGGAGGUUGUUGUACAACUUGGAGAUGGAGCAAAUGGCCAAAACAGCUAAAGCCCUCAUGGAGGCAGUGAGCCACGCAAAGGCUCCUUUUACUAGUGCCACUCAUCUGGAUCAUGUCAGACCCAUGUUUAAACUUGUAUGGACUCCACUGUUGGCAGCUUACAGUGUUGGUUUGCAGAACUGUGAUGACACAGAAGUUGCAUCUCUUUGUUUGGAAGGAAUACGUUGUGCAAUUAGAAUAGCCUGUAUCUUUGGAAUGCAGCUUGAACGAGAUGCUUAUGUGCAGGCACUUGCUCGUUUUUCCUUGUUGACUGCCAGUUCCAGCAUUACAGAAAUGAAACAGAAGAACAUAGACACCAUUAAGACGCUUAUUACGGUCGCUCACACAGAUGGCAACUAUCUUGGGAACUCUUGGCAUGAGAUCUUGAAAUGUAUUAGCCAGCUGGAACUAGCACAACUUAUAGGAACUGGAGUGAAAACUCGGUAUUUAUCUGGUUCUGGGCGUGAAAGGGAAGGAAGCAUUAAAGGCUAUUCAUCUGGAGGGGAAGAAUUUAUGGGCCUGGGAUUAGGUAACCUGGUUGGAAGCGGAGCUGAUAAACGUCAUAUGGCAAGCAUUCAGGAGUCGGUGGGAGAGACCAGCUCACAGAGUGUGGUGGUAGCAGUAGACAGGAUAUUUACAGGAUCAACUAGGCUGGAUGGAAAUGCAAUAGUUGACUUUGUCCGAUGGCUGUGUGCUGUUUCCAUGGAUGAGUUGGCUUCCCCACACCAUCCACGUAUGUUCAGCCUGCAGAAGAUAGUGGAGAUAUCGUAUUACAAUAUGAAUCGCAUUAGGCUACAGUGGUCAAGGAUAUGGCAAGUGAUUGGAGAUCACUUCAAUAAGGUUGGAUGUAACCCUAAUGAAGAUGUUGCCAUCUUUGCAGUAGAUUCGUUAAGGCAGCUGUCGAUGAAAUUCCUUGAGAAGGGAGAGCUAGCCAACUUCCGUUUCCAGAAAGACUUCUUAAGGCCUUUUGAACAUAUUAUGAAGAAAAACAGAUCCCCAACUAUUCGGGACAUGGUAAUACGCUGUAUUGCACAGAUGGUGAACUCUCAAGCUGGUAACAUUCGCUCAGGCUGGAAGAAUAUCUUCGCGGUUUUUCACCAGGCCGCUUCAGACCAUGAUGGGAAUAUUGUGGAGUUGGCCUUUCAAACUACAGCACAUAUAGUUACAAAUAUUUUUCAACAGCACUUUCCAGCAGCAAUUGAUUCAUUCCAAGAUGCAGUAAAAUGCCUUUCUGAAUUUGCCUGUAAUGUAGCAUUUCCGGACACAAGCAUGGAAGCUAUUAGACUUAUUCGUUAUUGUGCAAAAUAUGUUUCUGAAAGACCACAGGUAUUAAGAGAAUACACAAGUGAUGACAUGAAUGUUGCUCCUGGAGACAGAGUAUGGGUCAGAGGAUGGUUCCCUAUUUUAUUUGAACUUUCUUGCAUCAUCAAUCGUUGUAAGUUAGAUGUUCGAACAAGAGGCUUAACAGUGAUGUUUGAAAUAAUGAAGAGUUAUGGCCAUACUUUUGAAAAGCACUGGUGGCAAGAUCUGUUCAGAAUUGUGUUUCGGAUUUUUGAUAAUAUGAAACUGCCUGAACAGCAGACAGAGAAAUCUGAAUGGAUGACAACGACAUGCAACCAUGCACUUUAUGCAAUCUGUGAUGUAUUUACGCAAUUUUAUGAAGCUUUAAAUGAGAUCCUUCUUCCUGACAUAUUUGCACAGUUACACUGGUGUGUAAAACAAGAUAAUGAACAGUUGGCUCGAUCAGGUACGAACUGUCUAGAAAACCUGGUAAUACUAAAUGGACAGAAAUUCAGCCCUGAAGUCUGGGGCCAAACAUGCAACUGUAUGCUAGAAAUCUUCAAAACGACUAUUCCUCAUGUCUUGCUUACGUGGAAGCCUGCAGGAAUGGAGGAAGAUUCGGUUGAAAAACAUGUGGAUUUGGACCUAGAUCACCAGUCUCUAAGCAGCAUGGAUAAAAAUGCUUCAGAAAGAGGACAGAGUCAAUUUUCAAAUCCUACAGAUGAGAGCUGGAAAGGUGGUCCUUAUACAAACCAGAAACUGUUUGCUGGCCUUCUUAUAAAGUGUGUAGUACAGCUGGAAUUGAUACAGACCAUUGAUAAUAUAGUAUUUUAUCCAGCAACAAGCAAGAAGGAAGAUGCUGAGCACAUGGCUGCAGCUCAGAGAGAUGCGUUGGAUGCGGAUAUCCACAUUGACACAGAAGACCAAGGAAUGUAUAAAUAUAUGUCUUCGCAUCACCUCUUUAAGUUACUAGAUUGUUUGCAAGAGUCUCAUUCAUUUUCAAAAGCCUUUAAUUCAAAUUAUGAGCAGCGAACAGUCUUGUGGAGAGCAGGGUUCAAAGGUAAAUCAAAACCCAAUCUCUUAAAGCAAGAGACCAGCAGCUUGGCUUGUUGCCUGAGAAUACUCUUUCGAAUGUAUAUUGAUGAAAACCGUCGAGACUCCUGGGAUGCUAUACAACAACGACUGCUCAGCGUAUGCAGUGAAGCCCUGGCAUAUUUUAUUACGGUGAACUCUGAAAGCCACAGAGAGGCUUGGACCAAUCUCCUGCUGUUGCUGUUAACAAAAACACUAAAAAUUAGUGAUGAAAAGUUUAGGGCACAUGCUUCAACAUAUUAUCCGUACUUGUGUGAAAUCAUGCAGUUUGACCUGAUUCCUGAGCUUCGAGCUGUGCUGCGGAAGUUCUUCUUGCGUAUAGGUGUUGUGUUCAAAAUCUGCAUAACAGAGGAGCAGAUACGGACAACUGGGACAAAAUUACCUUCAUGGUAGUCUGAAGUAGAGUUAGUUACUGCUGCUUGUACAUAAAGCUACGUUCCAGAGAUGGGUUAAAGUGAAUGGGGAAGCGGAAAAAAUGGGACCCUGGUAAAUCAACAGAGCAGCAAGUUACUCUUACCAUAACGGCAGUUUGGGAGGAGGAAAAAAAAUCCUGUUCUGUCCAUCCUACAAAAUUAUUGGCAGUUUACUUUAUUUAAAUUGUUGCUUACAGAGCUAAUACAGUAGAUGUAAAGUCUAUUUGUUUCAAUGCUAGUCAUACUUACGAUCAAGUCUGUCUCUUCUAAUCUUUUAAAAAUUGUUCAGUCUUGCAUCCCAGCUAAACCUUAAAUCAGCUGGAAAUUAUUCCUCAGUGGAAAUUAUGCCCCUUGGAAAUAAUGAAUAUAGUUGUAUAGCCUUGUGAUGUUAGCACAUGUGUUCAAAAUAAACUAUAUUGCAGUGGAUAACGACCACCUAAGAUCAUUCUGGGUUUUUCUUUGUAUGUACCCAACUAGACCAGGUAGUAUGUUUUAGGGUGUUUUGUUUUUGUAGGGUUGUUUUUGUUUUUUGUGUGUGGACUACCUGUAUGAUAUAACCAGUUUGGGGAAAGGGUUUUCCUCCUGUUCAGCAAGUCAUUUUAAAACACUUUUAAAAGCAGUGCUUCAUAUUCUGAAAUGUGCUUUUGUUUUUAUGGAAGGUUUUAAAUCAGGAGUAUGCAGUAGUGUUUACUCUAUAUUUAACUCAUUAGCCUUGAGUUAACUGAAGGCAUUAAAGAAUAAAACACUUUUAAAUUUUCCAUUGACUUUCAUACAUUGCCAGAUCAUGGAUUGAGCGUCUAAAGUAAUAUGAUAAACAAGUAACACUUUCUUUACCCUUGACUAUAAUACAAUUAGUAGUAAUUUUGCCUCUUUAACAAAAAGUGACCUGUCCUAAAUACAUAUCAGGGUUGUCUCUGUUCAGUGCGAAUCUGAAAGUGCUGAUUAUCUUUGUGCAUAUAUAUUUUUAAUGUCUCACCUGUAGUUGCUGUUGCGAUCUGGAAAGAAAAAGAAAACUGAACUCCCACCAGAGUGCUCUAGCAAAUUUCAGCUUAAGCUCAUACAUGUACUGUAACAGUUCCAAGAUACUUCCAAAGCACAGAAGUAUAUAUAAAGCAAACAUGGCUUAAUGCUAUAGCUUGGUUUGCCCUAUGAAUUUUUUUUCUUUCUUAGGAAGACUUGAGUUUCCUGUGACACUUACUUCCAUGACAUAAUACCAAUUUUAACUGAAGUACUGCAGGGCUGAGUUCUGUCUUUUGAACUAAUUUUAAUUGCACAGUGAGAUUUCUCUAGCAAAGUAUGGCAGGAUAGGAGAGCAGGUGCCACUUCAUGAAAUACAUUAAUAUAUUCAGCACUGUGCUCUCCAUAUCAGGACCCUUAAGGUAUAACAGUAUUUUAAACUGAGUGGUAUUAAGUACUAGACUUUUCUCAUUAGAAGUUGAGUUUCCUGGUAGGGCAGCCAUAGUUGAAGUAGCAUUAGGAUAUUCCCCUUUCAGAGCUGUUGGGAUUUUUUUUUUUUUAAUUUAUUUUUUUGGUGAGCUUUUUUCCAAAGGUUCAUAUGGUGCCCCCUCAGUAAGUCAGUUGGCCCUACUUAAGCAGCAGGGAGUGUUUGGGAGUGUUUUUUGCGGUCAACAGUACUGGUAAGGGUGUGUGGUUGUGUGGUUUUUUUUUUUUUUUUUUUCUUUUAAACCAAAGAAAAGUGAAUGGUGGUUGUGGCUUUUUAAUAAUUAAAUACCUGUUAAAUGUAUAUGCUAACAUUUAGUAGAAAGGAAUACAUGGCUAUAUUUUUACCAUAAGGAAAGACUGAAAAAAUAAGUGAUGUCCCUGUCCAACUUGCUGCAUUUGAAAUGUCCUUUUGUGUUGCAUUUAGUGUAGGUGUUCACUCCCAGGUAUGUCCCUUCAUCAAUUACAGUAAAAAUGAGGUAUUUAUUUUGAUACUAUUUAAAUAUUUAAAUAAACUAUUCUUCUUCUUCCUGUCCUAGAUAGUCCUAAAGAAAGUAUUUGAAACUUUAUUUUUCAGAUUUUUGAGUGUGUCACAGCCUCAUUGAAUGUACAUGCUUUGCUCCUGUCAAAACAGUUUUUCUAAGUCGCAUGCUUUCUCUGUAUGUUUCAGUUUUGAAAGCCUUACAACUCAUGUCUUGAAACUGGUCUCUUAAUUUUCAGAUCUUAAAUUAUUUUACACGUGCAUCACAGGCUUUAAGUAAAGCUUUUAUUAUAUUUAUACCAUUUGUAAACUGCUGAAAUUAAGUACGUGACAUCAGAACCAUUCUAGACUUUGCUGUGGUGCAUGAAGGAGAUAGGGACUGGAAUGCAGUGGGAUUUUAAUGGCCUUAAUCCUGUCAUAGUUUUGUGGAAUUGACUGUACACAUUAAAGCAAUAAGGAUGGUGUGUUAAGUGUAAUAUCUGAAACAGUUGUUUACAUCAGCUGUUUCGUUUUGCUUAUUCUCUCAGAAAGAUCAUAACCCAUAAACAUUUUAAUGAAGCUAAUAAUGCUGAGCCAAAACUCCUGCUGUAAUCACUGCUCGUUCUCAUCUUGUACUGGACUCUGCUGACACAGGCUCUAGCUGCCCCUGGUAGUUUUAUUGGCUUUAGUGGAACUGUAUGAAUGAGAACAAGGUUCUGUGUCAGCACAUCCUCGAAGAGAUCGAGGCCUCUAUGUGCAGUACAUGGAGAAACUAUUUUAAAAGUUAGCUCUUGGACGUUUUAAAUGGUGCGAUGCAACAAAUCAUAGUUAAACCAGCUUAUAAUUUAAUGGAAUAGGGAGACUCUGCAUGGUAUUUUACUACUUCCUACUGUGCAACCCCUUAUGAAAUGAAUAGGCAGGAUGCUAGUUGCUAGUGAGGAAAAACCCUAAAAACUCCCUUUGCAAAGAAGAACAUGACUUUUCGACAGAGGUUUUGUUACCUGUAUGUUUCAUAUCUCACUCUGUUUAACUGAACAAUCAAACAGCUUUCAGUAGCACAACCAGCCACCCCCAACCUUCACCUCAGUCUUACUUUAAGAAUGAGAAAAACAUGUAAUACCUUCACUCUGAAGUAAAACCAAGCUCUUUUGCUGUUGCAGCGUCCUUUAAUAUGUAAAUUGUUUGUUCAGCACCUUUAAUGUUAUUUUUGUUCAAAAUGUUUUUACAUAUUUAAAAUGCCUAAGUUUCUUUUUUUUUGGAGACCUCCAUCUGAAGUGCAUUUAAAUAUCAGAAACUUAAAGCGUGUUCCUUGCCCAAUGGCUGUAUACACUUUUGAGAGAAUAGCAAAUUAUAUAAUAUGAAAAGCUAUGUAAAGUUUUAUACAUGAAGAACUAUGUAUAAUACUGUUAUAAUAUUCCAUGCUUUAACUAAGUGGUAAAACAAUAAAGUUUUGAAAAAGC